CGCGUGCGCCGAGGCGCCGUGUUUUGCCAAACCAUUAAACACUAAAUUCCUAUGUUUUUCUUUGCUUGUUUACUGCUCAUUUCCGUGGAAAAUGGAAGCCUUUAACCAGCUUCUACUGGAAUACCCUGAAUUGAUGUACGGAGGAGUAGGAGUUACGGCGUUUGUUGCCGGCGGAGCGCUGAUAUACAAAAUUGCCACCAGAAAAAAGCCUACCCAUAUAAAUGUCAACUGCUGGUUCUGUAAUGAGAACACAGUGGUGCCUUAUGGGAACAGGAACUGCUGGGACUGUCCUAACUGUGACCAAUACAAUGGCUUCCAGGAGAAUGGGGAUUACAACAAAACCAUCCCAGCUCAGCAUAAGGCACAUCUCAACCAUGGAGUAUCUGGAAGUCUUCCCGCAUCUGAGACACCCAAGACACAGCAGUGGGUGAACUGUCAGAUGCUGCUGUGCAAGAAGUGCAAUAACAAUCAGUCUACAAAGAUCAAGAAGUUGGCCUCAUUUAUCCCUAGGGAUGAUGAAAACUAUGAUGAGGAAAUUGAAGCCUACAAGCACCACCUGGAGCAGACUUAUAAGUUAUGCAGGCCGUGUCAGACAGCCGUGGAAUACUACAUCAAAUAUCAAAACCGCCAGCUACGUACAGUGCUCUUCAGCCACCAACUUCGACGUACCCGAGACUCAAUCCAGGGCUUUGUUAAGAGCUCCUAUUCUCUGUCUUCUCCCAUCGGGGUCACACUGUUAUGGGCACUUGCCUUCCUGCUAUCUGCUUUCCUGGUUGUUACAUCUUUCUGUGAAUUGCCGGCCCAGAGUCUUUCACCUAGUGGCCCACAGACAUUAAGUGGUGGGGUCACUCCUCCUAAACUCUUCAAUGAAUCCACCCCUAAAAAUGAAAGCAGUGGAGAUGUGCCUGUAUGGCAGGGUCUGCUGGAGCUGAUCCCAAACAAGGCCAUAGAAAAUGCCAAGCUGGUGUAUCAACAUGGAAGGGACAACCAGUUGGCUGUAGUCUCGGUUGGCCUGUUGACUUGCCUCACUGCUAUCUUCUUAGCAGGGCCUGCAAGGCUGAGGAGAAUUGAUGCUGUGGCCUCUGUCCUGUGGUUCUUCAUCCUGUGCCUGUACCUGGCUGAGAGCUACUUGGCUGGUGCCUCGGGUUGGAUGGACACAGCCAAGCAUAGCAGCAUCUCUCUCUGUUGCCUAGUCAGCUUUGCUGCUGCUGUGGCAACUCGCAAACCACUGGAUCUACGAAGAGGCAAAUAUCGAAGAUACCUUGCAGGCAGCUCUGCAGUCCCCCCCUUCAGCAGCCAGCCUCCUUUGCUCUCUCCUGACCUGGCAGAGUCCUUCAUCCCCACCCCACCCCCGAACCUCUCCAAGCUCAUCAGCUGCCAACAGAGUCGUCACAAGUGCAACGAUUCCCCCUCCUCUCUGCCUGGGCGCCUUAGUAGAGCCCUCUCCCUUGGCACCAUACCCUCCUUCAAAAGGACAGAUUCUGGUUACCUGUUUAGCGGAAGCAGACCAGCCUCACAAUACAAAGACUCCCCGCCGUCAGACUACUUUUCACUGAAGUCUGGGAGCCGCCCAUCAUCACCAAGCCCCUCUCCACCUCCUUCAAUAGCUGGGUCAUGUACAUCCAGUUCAGGUUCUGCCAGACAACGCCGCCCGCUCAUCAGCCCUGCUCGCCUCAACAUUUGUAGCCAGAAACUGUGGCUUUUCUCAACAGAGCCAGAACCCAAGCUCUCACCCCCACCUGUGUCGCCAUUAUAUUCCACUGGAAGGCCGGCCUCUCCCAUUUACAAUGGCUGCUUUUCACCUGACAUAUCACCCUUUCAAAGCCAACAUGAUUUGAGUAUGAGAGACGGCAGUGUGAUUGAUAAGGAAGAGAAGAGCGACACAGGCAGCUCCUCUGGGUCCUCCGCAUGCCUGGUUGGCACAACCACACAGGGGUUGGAAAGCACCGCGCCUCCUCCUAAAGGUUUUGUGAAGCGUCUUCUCUUCCCAGGACUUUUAAUAGGGAGCCUGACUGCCAACCUGUUCUUCGCCUGUCUCUGUAUGUACCACUACUGGAGAUGAACUGUUAAUAAGGUCUGCUGCUCUUUUUUGUGACCUGCACAGAGUGAAUCGGCCUCUGGCCCUUGACAACCCUGUCAUGUCCGUAGACCUUGAGGUCAUUCAGCAAUGCCAGAAAACAUCUGGCAGUUAUUGUAUGUUGGUGCUUAGUAAAAAUACAGAUGUCAGCUGAUGGAUUUUCAACAGCAAUACCUCCCUUUUGAUUAGAAGAAAAAUGUAAGGUGAAAUCAAAUAUUACACUUUUGACUUUGGUUCAUGACUGCUCAAGAAUAUUUUGGCUUUUCUGAUCUGGCCUUGCUUCGUCUUUUGGUUUGUCACCGCUCCUCUUAAAUGAACACAGAUGCAUGUGUAAUUCAUUUUAAAAGGCUCAUUUCUUGCACUGAUGCUUGAUAGCUUUUUAAAAACCAUGCUGUGAAAUGUGCAAUAAACCUGUACUGUUCAAUUGAUGCUGCUCAGACACAGAGGGUCAUGUCUUAGCUACUUACUGUAAAUUCUCAUAUAUAAAAUCUGAUAUUCAAAUAAUGGCCAAGUCACAAAUACGCUGGAUAGAAAAAAUUAAUUGGGUGAAUUGUCUGUAGCCUGCUACAAACAGCUGAAAUGUUAAGAGCAGCAUAAUUUCAGUACAAGAGUCAUGUCAUGUCAUUUCUUUUUUUUUUUUUCUUUUUUCUUUUUUUUCUUUUGAAAAAAAAUAAUGUUUUCAUACUCCUAAUACCAUACUAAUUCCAGCCAUUUCUUCUUUGGCGUACUCCUGAUCAUUGUCAACAAAACUCAACACUUCUUGAUGUUUUUUCACAUUAAAAGCCAAAGUGGAACGCCUGACUUGAGUCCUGCUGUAAUGAUGGAAUAAGUGAUGUGGAAAUAGACAGACCUUGUACUGAUUUUAAUCAAGACAACAGGUAAAUGUUGCAAAAGUUUAGCUUGCAUUAAUUUGGGAAUAUGGGGAAAUCAGAAUAACGGUCUGUCUCUCAUGUGAGCCUGUCCCAGAAAUGGGUAAAUGAAGGCCUUGGCCACUAUUUUGAGAAUUUAUGGUAUACUGAUUGUGAUGAGUGUUAUAUUUCCACUCUACGGUAGCCAAAAUCAGAAAGCAUUAAGCAGCACGUAAUAUUUAUGGUGUGUAAUUGGUUUUGCAUUUUUGAAAUUUCUACAGAUUUUCACUCUAUAUAAUGUCAUAAUUUCACAGCACUGGUGUUUGCCAAUGUCUUUCUAAAGACGGGUGACAAAUCAAAGGAAAAACCAACAAAGUGUUUAGUACAGUGCCACAGAGCAUGUUUCACUGUACCAUGCAGUGUACUUGUGUGGAAGCAUCGACACUCAGUGCGUUUCUACACUCAUUUAUUCAGGUUUUUCCUUUUAAAUUUUCACCCAUCUGUAUAUUCAGCUGGGAAAGAGUGGUGCGUUUUGUUAUACACGUUUAUUAUGAUGGCCAUUUGUUUAUAUAUCUCAUACCAAAGUGACAUGUCACAAUUACUACAGAAAAAGUUCUUCACCAAACCAUUUGAUUUUCUGAUGUCUCUUAUCGAUAUCCUGUUACAGGCUUUCAAAGGGGCUAAACUCCUAAGGUCAAGUGCAAUAAAAAAUGUUAUUUCUAAUCUUUAAAAAUGACGUUUGCAUAAAAAAUGGCAGCGAUUGUGUGUGAGAGAGAGAGAGAAAGAAGUUAACUGAGCUGUAAAAUAUAUACAGGCUUUUCUUAUAACUUCAAACUCUACAUGUUAACUUGGAAAGAUUUUUGCACUUGUUUUUCUGAAAUGUUUUUCCAAUUUUUUUUGUGCUUGGCUGUGUUGUGUUUGAAUAUGUGAUAACCAUUUAUAUUAUUUGAAAUUGUUCUAUUAGAGAUUUAGAGCACAGAUGUUUGAUUUAUUGUUUGUCAAUGUUGAACAUAUGAUUUACAAAAAGUUGUGCAUUUGGACAUCUGUGAGAUGUGUGUGAACAGGUUGCAGUUGGCUUGUUUCUACUGUAAAACAUGUUGUUAGGCUUUUGGCUGUUUAUUUUCACAUGCACCCGAUAUUAGAGUAAAAGUAAUAAUUACUUAAAUGUAAAACUUCUGAGAAAACUAAAACUUGCUACUGAAAGACAUCUGUGGGAAUCGUCUAGAACAAUGAAUAAUAGUUAUUGAAAGCUAUCAUAACCUUUCAACAUACUGGAUACAAAAUUGUGCAUUUGUACGUGAUGUGUAACCUGGCGUAUGUUUAUUUCUUCUCUGAAGAAGGCUCAUUAAUUGAAAGAUCAUGUACAUGUUGAAAUGUAAAUGUUCUUUCAGCCAUGCUGAACUUUCCCGAAUGAGACAAACCUCAUCACUGUUCAGUUCAAGAUAAAAUAAAUGUAUUUUUGAAUUUGUAUUUAAAGUGUAAUUAAAGUAUUGUGUUUUUAUUUGACAUCACCAUUAUGUUCAAAUGAAAGUAGAAGUAUGAAUUUAUGUUCUCUAUCACUAUUUUCACUAAUGGUUUGAAGGGUGGUUGUUAUGUUCAGCAACGCAAAUGUUUGUGUGCAGAGCUGUUUGGUCUGUGUGAUUGUAAGGAACAACAUUGGCUUGUUUCAUCUGGACCAAUACUUUUG